AUGGCCGCAGAGCAGCUCCACGGCAAGCCUGCUGGCGCAGCUGCCAACGCGCCGCCCCCCUCCACAUUAGCCGCCCAGCUUGUCGAAAACAUCUCCGCCUCGACGAAAUCCACGCGAUCCGAUGAGAAUGCCGAGCUGAAGCGGCUUUUUGCCGUCAUAGAGAAAGUAAAGAAUAAACCUGAGCUGCUGCGCACGUCGGAAGAGCGGAUGGAGCAUAACCAUAUGCUCAUCUACGUCUAUGCCCGUGUCGUACUUGAAGGGAUCAAGCUCGACGAUGUCUUUGCCGACCGAAACCACCUACGCAACGAGGCGCUGAAGGCGAUAAACUUUUUGAAGGUCACAAUUGAGGAGACCCCAAAUGUCUUGAACUAUACCACGGACGGGAAGCAGUUUGUGUUUCGCGGGGAGGAACCGCUUUGGAUAUGGGUCAUUCCCAAGGUCAUGAGGUUGCUUGGCCAUGCUCGUUGCCUCGAGCUCACUCCGGCAAUAGAAGAGUUCUUCCAGUUUCUUCUCCUAGUGAUCAUGCGCACGGGAUCGAUGUGGUCUCUGCUCUCCUCUGUGGUGAUGUACCUCCGGGAAACAAGCAAUGCCCUGCUGUCCUGCCUCCAAGAAAUGUCGCCUAACGCAUCUGGAAGAGAUGUUUCUUUAGACAUGAACCUCCCUCCUGCCGGUGCACUUGAGGUAUUGCUGGGAAAACCUGGCACUCUUUUCGUACAACAGACUACAUAUCAUGUCCCGCAAGUUUCGCAAGCAGCGCGUCAAGCAGUCGCUAUAAUAUCAAUUCUUGCGCAUCCUUCGAUUGCUAAAAAUACGAGUUUCGCUUCUCGGUUAUCAUUCCUUGAGCUGCGGCCAUGGCUGCUCGAUUCCUUGCUCUCCCUUCGUGCUGUGCAGAACACAUGGCAGGCCGUUGUGCCAACUACAAGAGCCGAUUUGCUAAAACUUGCCCUUUAUCUGCUCCCGGACAGACCGUCGACUAGGAAGAAAGCUUUGGUGCUGCAUAAAGCAUACACUUGUCUACCAUUGCUCUGCGCUGAGCUUGCAGCACGUCCGGACGAGAUUGCAGGCAUAGAUGACUUGAGUCAAAUCACGAGGAAAACCCUCUCUAUAGCCCUCCUUCGACUUGCCCAAGCAUCCUUGAUAGAUCGAGAAAUUGGUAGACUAGUGGCACCUAAAAUUGUGUUGCCGCUGGAGUUGCUCUGUAUUGAAGUUCCCGCAUUAGGGGAAUCAAACGACUUUUCUCGUUCCAUUCGGGUCUUGAAACAGGCUUCGGCGCCAGUGGCACCAGCGAGUCUCGCCCGUGAUACUCAGCCAGCUCACUUCGCCGACCCUGAACUACGUCAACUUGUUGAACGCCUGGGUCUCACAGACGACACUUCUGAGGAUGUGGAGCCUGAAUCAAAGCGGAGAAAAGUAUUGAAAGAACUCGAUGAGCUCGCAAGUUUAGAAUUGAAACUCAACGAAGCCCUUGGGACUGAUGAUUCACCUGGAGAGCUUCAUGAGAAUUUCUUAGCCGCUUUUCCAGAAAUAGAUGUGGAGAGCCAAUGCCUAGCCAUUGAACUUCUUUCACGUAUCUGUUGUGCGGCCGAUAGGAUCUUGCCGGUGGACGGCAUGAUUCCCCAGAGCAAGAGGUUGCUAUGCGCUUCUUGCGACCAGGGAGUCCAAGGACCUGAAAGACCAAAGGCUCUUGAUGGUACGAAGAAGAAGGAAGCCCAGUUCAUUUUCACAAAGCUCAUUAAUUUGGACGAGUUCAAAAAGUCCAGGCGACCAAGAGUGGCUGCUAUGAUAGCUUUGAGGAGGAUUAUCAACCACACCGAUGAUCUUGAGUUGUUCGACCUCGAGACCUCGCCGCUUGGACAAUGGUGUCUUCAGAGUUUGCAUAGCUCCAUCAGAGAGCUGCGUAUUGCUUCAGGACGAGCCUUGGCUUUAUUCCUAAAAGAGUCCGGUUCCAACAAGAUAGAUUCAGAAGUUGUACGUCGAAACCGGAAGAAUGCGCUUAGCCUUCUCAAAUCCGCUUCCGAAAAGGACGCAGUAAUUUUUCACGAGACGGGGGUAUUGGCUUGGGGCCAACUUGGACGGGUCGUAACUGGGAACGAGCUUAAUCUAGUAUUGCAUCAGCUGCUAGAAUACCUGGGAAGCAGAAACAACCUCGUAUCGUCGUGCGCCUUCAGCGAAAUUCUGAACCUGGCUGCUGCCCUAAAUGUUACACCGCGCCGUUUGUUCGAACCUUUCUGGAGAAACCUAGCGUAUUUUGCUGUCAAGGAUAUGGUGGCUCGACCGCAGAUCAGCCGUUCUCUUGCCGAGCUCAUGCAAAUCUCAGUGAACGAGUUUCUUCUGCUUAUUCAAAGCCAUGCUAUGCCAUGGCUGGUGCUGAUGAAGAAGAAGGACGUCAUACAGAAGAUUGCUGAAGCACGUGGGGAAAAGGACAUCUGGGUCCCGAUCAUAGACGGCGCUAAUGCUGGAGGCAUUUAUGCGUUGCUACUGGUACAAGAGGUACCGGACAUCGAGGAAUUCGUCAUGUCAAGGCUCAGCGAAGUCUCACCUCACAUGAAGUCCUCGAGCUUUGUCGAGCUGAUGCAAAGUGAGGUUGUGAGCAUUGUUCUCGAGCUGCUUAAAGCUGCGGGUGAAGCAGACGAGGCUCGUAAGACUCGGAUUAUUGACGCCCUUACAUCAAUGUGCACUAUCAUCAUGGUCGCAAACAAGGAGCCCAGGCCAAGGAAAGGAAAUGUUGUUGGCCGGUUUCUUCAGUCAUACAUUCUAGGUUUGAUGGCCAGGCUAGCGGAUGUAAUCAACGAUAUGCCCCUGGUAUGUCCGCAUCCCGAGGAACAAAGGCGCUGCAUUCGUGCCAUGGAGGAGAUGAUCAGACUGUGCAAGGCGUACGUGCGGAUUGCACGACCACAGAUUUCUGCAUGCUUGCUGUCUGCUCUUGCCCAAGAUGAGCUGCGAGAAGAAGCCUUUUCCUGCUGGGCUGUACUUGUUACCUACCUCGAGGUAGAAGAUGUUGAGGUCUUGCUUGAGACGACCUUCUUCAUCAUAAAUCAUUACUGGCCACUCUUCAAUGGAAGAACAAGGGUUAUGGCCAAAGAUCUGGUUUCUACACUUUUGAAACAGUUCAACUUGGUUAUUGUUGACAACAUCUGGAAACUGCCGUCGUUGGCGCACAUCACGGAGCUUGCGGAUGUCGAGGCAGAGCUCCAAGAACUACGGCGACAGCAGCCCAUCGCCAGUAGAACCGCGUUUGCCAUCUUCGCAGAACGCGUGUCUCAUGAGAACUCUGGUGUUGUGCUCCAAGCCCUGACCGAACUUGUGACAUAUCUCAAACAAAGCGGAGGAUAUCUUCAAACGUCAGCGAUCGGACAGCAACCGGAUUCCGUGGUAUCUACGCUCCUACGUGCCUUACUCGACUGCGCAUCAAAGUACAGUACUCUGCAGCUUGAUAUAGCCAGUCUUUGUACCCAGUGCAUCGGUCUGGUCGGAUGCCUUGACUCUAACAGAGUCGAGGCUGUCCGGGAGCAGAAAUCAAUGGUGAUUUUGAACAACUUUGAGAACGCAGACGAGACCACCGAUUUCGUGUUGUUCAUCCUGGAGCAAAUUCUGGUCAAGGCCUUCCUGUCCACGACGGACACAAAACUACAAGGCUUCCUGUCUUUCGCCAUGCAAGAACUCUUAGACAGGGUUGAUGUGAAAGCGGCGUGUGCCAUGCAAAAGACUGGCAUGAGAGACGGAGCUGCAAUCUACAGGAAAUGGCUGGCGCUGCCAGAAAGCAUCCGCGAAAUCUUGACGCCGUUCCUGACUUCCAAAUAUAUCUUGAUGGCUGUCGUUGUGGCUCCAGUUGAGUAUCCCAUCUUCCGACCAGGGAAGCCUUAUGGAAAUUGGAUGCGGUCGUUCAGCAUAGAUCUCUUACGCAAGGGGCAAAACGGACAUGCAGAUCUCAUAUUUGAGCCAUUAGGCCGUACCAUCCGGGUGAAGGAUCUUGCUGUGGCAGAGUUUCUUCUACCUUACUUGGUCCUCCAUGUCAUGAUAGGCAAUAGGAGCACGCGGAAGGAGCGUGACAAUGUCAUUGGAGAGCUAGUCAGCAUCCUUCAACACCAACCUGCCGAGGAUGCCCCCUACUCGGAACGGGAGGAUAUGAAGCUCUAUUGUGAGGCUGUUUUCCGGGUUCUUGACUAUGCGAGCAGGUGGCUCCAAGAGAAGAAUGCCAGGCGUAAAUCCGACAGUGAUUUGCCGGCCAUCGCUCGGGUGGAGGAAUUGCUGAGCACGAUCCCGCCAGUACUUAUUUCUCAGCGAGCAAUGGACUGUAGAGAAUACCCACGGGCUUUAUUCCACCUUGAGCAACAUGCCCAGCAGAUGGAAGUUGAGCAAAGCGACCCGAAGCAAAGGACGCUACUCCUUGAACAACUGCAGGAGAUCUACACCCAGAUUGAUGAGCCUGAUGGACUGGAGGGCAUUUCAGCUCACCUUCAUGUUCUGGACAUCAAUCAACAAAUCCUCAGUCACAAGAAAGCUGGGAGAUAUACCGCCGCUCAAACCUGGUAUGAGAUCAAGCUGGCGGAGGAGCCCAGUAACAUUGAUGUUCAGGUGGAUCUGCUCAAUUGUUUGAAGCAGUCUGGUCAGCAUGAUGUGCUACUCAACUACGUAGAAGGCAUGCAGACCGAUCCGUCGACAGAGAACAAGAUUGUGCCUUACGCAGUCGAGGCAGCUUGGGCCACACGCAGGUGGGACACGCUGUCAAAGUAUACAGGCAGGUUCCACGGCAGUCCUUUGGAAGACUUCAACGUCAGUGUUGCAAGGCUGUUUAACUAUUUGCGUCAGGGAGGCGGCGAAGGAGGCGACUUCCCUCAAAUGCUGCAGAGCAUGAGAGACAAGAUCGCCUCAGCAAUGACUUAUUCGGCCACAUCCUCUUUACAAGCCUGUCACGAAUUGAGGCUCCGAUGUCAUGUACUCACCGAUUUGGAGAUUAUUGCAGGCACGCAAGCUGCGGAGGACGGAGCACGCCAGGAGGUGCUGACCACGCUCGAUCGACGACUCGAGGUUCUUGGAGCGUACGUCAACGACAAACAGUAUCUCCUCGGCAUCCGCAGAGCCGCCAUGGAAAUUUCACGUCCCAAGUUUUCCGAUCUCGACAUUUCCUCGUCAUGGCUUUCAAGCGCUCGGCUGGCCAGGAAGGCGAAUUCCAUGCAUCAAUCCUUCAACGCUGUCCUCCACGCUUCUCAGCUUGGGGAUGACGCAGCAGUCAUUGAGAAUGCCAGGCUACUAUGGAAGGAUGGCCACACCCGCAAGGCUAUUCAAGUCUUGCAGGGUGCCAUUGAGUCAAAUAAUUUCAUGACACAGACCAACAGCACUUCUUCCCUUCGUGGACUGGACGCACAACAAAGACUUCUGACAGCCAGAGCACAACUCAUGUUAGCCAAGUGGUUGGACGCCGCUGGUCAAACAAACAAUGCCGCUCUGCGCGUCAAGUAUCAACAGCCCCCCAAAACAAAUUCGGCUUGGGAAAAGGGCCAUUACUAUCUGGGACGCUACUACAAAAAGCUUCUGGAAACAGAAAAGGCACUCAAACUGGACGAACAGAGUGACUCAUACGUCCAAGGUGAGAUCGCCAGGCUAGUUAUCGAAAACUACCUUCGGUCUUUGAAUUACGGCACCAAGUAUCUUUACCAGACCUUGCCUAGGAUACUGACACUAUGGCUCGAACUGGCGGCGCAAGUAGACAAGGCCCCGGAAGGCAAGGUCUCGCUGUCUCGCGAGCUUCAUAAGAGGCGAACGGAGCAACUCAAUCUUCUUCACGCCUUCCUCGAUAAAUACAUCGCUCGCCUUCCUGCUUACAUGUUUUACACAGCACUCCCGCAGGUUGUGGCUAGAAUUGCUCACCAGAACCAGAACGUAUUCGAGCGGCUGACGCGCAUUGUUACCAAGGUCGUGGAGUCUCAUCCCCGACAAGCUUUAUGGGGCUUAUUUGGUCUCAUGACCACAAGACAAGCCUCGGAGCGCAGAGUGAGAGGCCAGCAUAUUCUACAGGCGCUGAAGGGGAUAUCGAGGAAAGUGGAAGGUAGUAGUUACGACCUCAAGCAGCUUCUCAGAAUGGGCGAGAAACUUGCAGAGCAGCUUUUGUUGGCCUGCAACAACGGAGACUUCCAGAGCAACAGAACGACGGUGGCGAGCAUCACGCGGGACCUGAACUUCAACCACAAAUGCACCCCUUGUCCCUUGGUGGUACCUAUCGAAUCAUGCCUGACAGCUACCUUGCCGACGUUGACGGACAACGUCAAGAAACACAAAGCAUUCUCUCAGGAUGUCAUUACCAUCGAUUCCUUCCUGGACGAGGUCCUUGUCCUCGGAUCUCUAGCCAAACCAAGAAGAUUGACAUGUCGCGGAACGGAUGGCAAGAACUACAUGUUGAUGAUCAAGCCGAAGGAUGACUUGCGAACGGAUCAGCGUCUAAUGGAGUUCAACGGCAUGAUCAACCGUUCACUCAAGCGUGAUCCGGAGGCUAGUAGGCGUCAACUCUACAUCAAGACGUAUGCUGUGGUGCCGUUGAACGAGGAGUGCGGUAUCAUUGAGUGGGUAGACGGCUUGAAGACGCUGCGAGAAAUUCUCCUGGAUCAGUACAAGGCUCGUUCGGUCCACCCCGACUACAACCAAAUCAAGCGGAUGAUGGCUGAGGCGGUGACUGGGCCGAACAAUAUCAAAAUUUUCACCGAGGGUGUACUGGGAACUUUUCCGCCCGUAUUGCAGCAUUGGUUCGUCCAGCGUUUCCCCCAUCCCUCGGCCUGGUUCUCAGCGCGGCUCAAGUAUACUCGUUCCUGCGCUGUCAUGUCGAUGGUUGGUACGAUUCUCGGACUGGGCGACCGACAUGGCGAGAACGUACUUCUCGAACGGGACAACGGUGGCAUUUUCCACGUUGACUUCAACUGCCUGUUUGAUAAGGGUUUGACGUUUGCUCAGCCAGAGAGGGUGCCCUUCCGACUGACGCACAACAUGGUGGCGGCGAUGGGCAUUUACGGAUACGAAGGUCCUUUCCGGCAUUGCAGCGAGUUGACGCUAGGAAUUUUACGACAACAAGAGGAGACGCUGAUGACAAUUCUCGAGGCGUUCAUCUAUGACCCUACGUUAGAUCUGCAGAAGGAGAAGAAGACGAGUCGCAGAUCAGAUGGGGCGCCGCGGAUGCAACCGCAGCUUGUUGUUGACAGCAUCAAGCGGAAGGUUAGGGGACUAAUGGGUCCCGAUCCCAUCCCGCUGGGUGUCGAGGGGCAGGUAGAGGAGUUGAUCAAGCAGGCAGUCGACCCCAGGAACCUCGCGGCCAUGUACAUUGGCUGGUGUCCAUUCUUGUAA